GGUUGGCAAAGUGUCAUACAUCCAGAGGGAGCGUUGUACUUCUACGACGCCACUCGGCACGUUUUCACGGACGCAAAUAUGAAAAGCAAAAGGAUUCUCAAGGCCGUCAACCAUUUUACUGACCAGUUACUCUUGAAAGCUGGCGAUAUGAUCGAUGACUCGACGCAUCUUGUUCUGGAGCUGCAAGACAUGAAAGGAGACGCAUGUAAUUAUUACUUCGUGCAACACGAUAAACGGCUCUUGUUCUGGCUGCAGGAUUUCAAUGAGCCUAUGCGUACUAUCUACGAACAUGUCAAGGGUGUCAAAUCGGAUACUCACAUCAAAAUGGCUCUUGAGGCACAAUAUUGGAUGCACUGUGAACUAUACCCGAGCAAUGCUCCCAUCCAACCUCAGAUUGCCACAGAAUUGAAGCAUGUUCUUCUUCAUGCACACGCAGACUUCCUAACAUCCGAUACCUCUGUGGUUCCCUAUGACCUCUCCACGCUACAGAGCAUGUUGGAUCUUUCAAACCAUCUAGUGGAUUAUGUAGGGUCCCAAAUGCCGUCUAGUAAGGGGGUUGUGGAGUUGCCUGCUCAUCUCAUGUGCGUGCUAGGUGGGGGUCUAUACUAUUUCCCUCGUUCAAAAUUCCUGAACUUCUAUGGUCAAGUCAGCGCGCGUCUCAACGCCAACCAGUCAGUCUAUGAACUUGAACAAAACAGGCAAAAAGGGACAUUUCGACUGAGGCUUGCGAAUGCCUUCCUCUGGGGCGUACCGGAUGCACAAUACAAAUUCCUUCAAGACACGUGGAUAGAUAAUAUUUUGAACUAUCCCAAGUGGUACAAACAUAUUAGCAGACUCAAUGGCGACUGGAGCAACGUUACCAUCUUCUCCACCGUGAUGUUGGCAGUUGACAUUAGUUUUCUGGCCGUUCCUGGGGUCAUCAGCCCAGCGACCGUGUUCAUUUAUCUGUCGGCGAUGUGCUCCGUCAGUUCUUUGGUGGUAUCCAUGAUUCUUGCUGGCGAGAGUCGUGGAUGGGGCACGGACUCGGCUGAAGGCGCCGCAUCCUUCAUGGCUCGAAUGAUUCAUACACAAUCAGACGUUGAAGCGCUGGCGAUCAUGUACAGCCUUCCGUACGCAUACCUGAUCUGGGGAAUGUUCUGCUUCGUUACCGCUCUGGGCAUUUCUGUUUUCAAAUCGACAAGCUCGGCAACGCUGGUUGUUGUGGGUCUUUGCUGGGUUGCCGUUACUACUUUGACGCUAUGG